AUGGUAAACAUCAUUUCUCCCAUGCAAUCAGCAUAUGUCCCAGGGAGAUUGAUCUCUGAAAAUAUCUGUUUGGUUCAAGAAUUAGUUCAAGCUAUGAAGAAGAAAAAAGGUCGAACUGGUCACUUGGCUUUAAAGAUGGAUAUGUCAAAAGCCUUUGAUAGGCUAGAAUGGAAGUUUCUUAUGAAUGUUCUUAAGAAGUUUGGCUUUUCUGAAAAGUUCUGUCAGCUCAUACAUCAAUGUAUCUCAACUACACAAAUUGAGAUUAUGGUUAAUGGAUCUCCAUCUCCUUCUUUCAAACCUACAAGAGGUAUUAGGCAAGGGGAUCCUCUCUCCCCUUACCUGUUUAUUCUAGCAAUGGAGGCAUUCUCAAGAAAUAUGAAUCAUUAUGAAGUCACAAAACAAUUAACAAGUAUGAAAAUAUUAAGAUCUGCUCCAAAGAUUAACCAUUUGCUAUUUGCAGAUGAUUGUCUCUUGUUUUGCAAGGCAAACUUAGACCAAACCAGGAAGCUUCUCCAACUUAUAGAAGACUUUAGUUUUUGCUCUGGUCAGCUCAUCAAUUUCCAUAAAUCAGCAAUUUAUUUUACCAAGAAUAUGUCUCCUUCAUCUUUUCAAACAGUAAGUGGUUUUCUUCAGGUCAGUUCACCAUAUGCUGAGUUUCAAAUUACCAUAUUCUACCAUCAAGAAAAUGAACUCAACACAUCAAAAGUUCUGGAGGAAAAAAGAGUCAAACAAGGGAAGGCAACUGAUAACUUGGAAAAGUGUGAAUGCUCCAAAGAAGGAGGGUUGGGCUUUAGAGAUCUGCAUCUGUUCAAUAGAGCUCUCUUGGCAAAAUCCGCAUGGAGAUUGUGUACAGAUCAGACUUCUAUAUGUGCUAAAUCUUUACAGGAAAAAUACUUCCCUGAUGGCCAAGUUUCUAAUAUAAAGAAAAGCAAAAACACCACUUGGUCUUGGACUAGCAUCAGUUCUGAGAUUAACUUCAUCCUCAAGUUCAGUUUUUGGUCUCUUGGUAAUGGCCAUAAAAUUCUUAUCUGGAAGAAUAACUGGGUGCAUGGAAUGCAUGAACCGCCAAUUCCUAAACAAGGUGCUAUUAAUACUUCCCAUUAUACUCACGUUUAUCAACUUAUGGCUGCUGACAACUGCAGUUGGAAUUCAGAUAUGCUAUUCUCACUUUUUGAAGACCAAACUGCAAAUGCUAUUCUUAAUAUUAAUAUUUUUCCAGACUAUGAAGAUAAACUUGUUUGGACCUUGGAGAAAAAUGGAGGUUUCUCAGUCAAGUCUGCCUACAAGAAAAUGUUUCAAGAGAAAAAUGCAGGUCAAAUAGUUAGUGAUGCUAUGAAGAGUGUUUUUAAGAGGCUGUGGAGGUUGCCAUUAUUGCCAAGAGUCCAGCAAUUUCUCUGGAAAUGUGUGAGGGAUGUUCUGCCUUCAAGAGAUAAACUAAUGCAUGUUAUUCAAGAUGGUGAUUAUAGUUGUUCUUUCUGCAAGCAAGUCACUGAAACAGCUUCUCACUGUAUUCUGGAAUGCCACAUCGUUCACUUGGUCUGGAAGUAUCUUUCUGAUUUCACUGACAUGUGUAGGAAGAAAACUGUAAAGCCUCAUAGGCAGAACAGAUAUAAUUUGCAUUGGUCUCCUCCUCCCAGAGGAACAGACAUCUAA